AUGAUCACCUCUUCUCUACUAACACCACCAAUGGAUGAAUCAGAGCCCCUUCCAGAAGAACGUAAACCAGGAUUCUUUCGAAAAUGGCAGACUCCACCCCCACUAACCCCAUAUGAACAAGAACGGAUUCGAACACUGAACAGUUUGUCAUUCGAUGAGUUCUACGUUCACAACCCCGCAGAUCUCAGUUAUGCGAUUCGAAUCUUCUUUGCCAAAGCCCAAUUCUACUUGAUGCAAUACCUCGAUGACAUGAAGAAGUUGUACAAAACGCACAAAUACGACACAAUCAAACGUCGAAUCUUCUACGGAAUGGCUAAACAUUGUCACAUCGUCUUGCUUGCCAACGACUGGACAGGCUCACUAGAGAUGUAUCAGAAAACGCUCGCCCACGAUCCAGACAUGUUCGCUAGAGAUCCAACAAUGUACUUCGGACUCGGAAUGGCCUAUCUGCACUUCAAACAGUGGAAACCAGCUAUCGAGGCGUUCACACGAGUGCUCUACAACUUCCCAUCCGGACGAUCAGCGUUGGAAGCAAAAGUUCGACUUGGGAUGUGCUACAUGGAGAUUGAAGACUACGACAGAUGUUUGAAUAUGUUCAAUCUUGCUCUCAACGACAUUGAAGAGACAAAGUUCAUGCCGCGGCUCAUCAUCAAGUACAACAUUGCGUUGAGUCACGAAAACAGCGAUGAACUUGAAACCGCCGAGGAGGAGUACAAUGUCUUGUUAAAAGAUAUUGAGAACUAUCAAACAAGUCAUGGAAAAAAUCUCGAGGCAGCGAUCUCGGAUCUUCUACUCAAACUGACGGCGGCUUGUCAUCGUCAACUUGGAUGGAUCGAGUAUCGCCGAACAUAUAAAGAUGAGGAAAAGCGAGAUGAACAUCUGAAAAAAGCGCAGGAUCAACUGACUCAUGCUAACGUAAUUGAUUCAAGAGAUGGUCAGAACUAUUACUAUCUGGGACGUGUCUACGGAGAACAAGACGUCACAAAUGGACAAGUGGCACAUGAAGCAUUUGUCAAUUACCGUCACUCCAUCGACAAGCGUGAGCAGAAUGCAGACACUUGGUGUUCGAUUGGUGCAUUGUAUCAGAAGCAGAACCAACCAAUGGACGCUCUUCAGGCUUUUAUAUGUGCCAUCGAAUUGAAUCCGAAACUUACAUCAGCAUGGACAGAUCUUGGAGAGCUAUACGAAAAGAAUGAACAGUUUCAAGAUGCACUGGAUUGUUUCAAAAAUGCAAUGAAGCAUGAUCCAGUUUGUCCGGAACCUCUAAAAGCUCGAAUUCAAUUCCUUGAAAAGGAACUUUCAAUGCCGAUACCUACACGUCCUGCAAACCAAGCACCACCGUUUGAGAAAGACAUUCCAUGUCUCAAAGAAGCUUACGAGCAGCCUAUUCCACUUGAGUUAAGAAACCGACAAGAUGCAGCCUAUAUGGAACGAGAGUACCUCUACGACCACGCGUUCUGGAACCUCUGGGUCGAAUUUCGCACAAUGGAAGAGGACCAACCGGAGGAGGUUUACUGGGAUACACCCGAGCCACGACCAAUGGAAGAUCUUGAGAUUCAAGUCUUAGAGUUGCUGAGAGCCAACGAACCGGCGUUGGUCAAAGCAGAGCGAGAAGUGCUCGAGUGCUUGGAAACCAGUGAGGCAGUAUUCAAGAGAAACAUCUGCGAAUACUUCAUUUCGGAUGCAACUCGCGAGAUGCCACGUGUCACGGAAAUCAUGAUUCAAAACUUACGAGACCACGGACAUCUCCUCGAGUCCCCACGCUGCUACCCAUACGACUUCCUCCCGAGAGUUGCCUUCCAAAACCUACCGGAAAGCUUUAGCUUGCUCUCAGAGCUCUACGUCUCAUUGGAUAUAAGCGCUCAGGAAAUUAUGCAGAUGGUUUCGAAACGGGCUAUUCUUAACAGCACCUACCAACCAAUUUUCGAUGACUACGCUAAGCUGCCAGUACCUCCAAAGGAGCCGAAAAAGGUGAUUGCUACCGAGGAAGACGUGAAAACCGCUUUGGAGAGGAAUGAGCGACAUCCGCUUCUUCUCAAGACACCAGUUCUCACUAUUGACAACAGAAAAGAAGCGGGAAGUCUGGAACUUCAACGUUACUUGGAUAACUGCACUGUCGCCUGCAUUCGUGGUCUUACUGGAUGUCUUCGUCUUGAUCUUUCAUUAUUCUCAACUAAAGCUGUUAUGGAAACUGACGGAAACCAAGAAAUCGAAGUGCGCACUCAAUAUCAUAUCCCUCCGGAGACAAAUUGUGACCAUGCGAGCCAACCCACUUGGAAAUGCAUUAGUGAACCGACUUACACCACGGUUGCAAAGUACGCACAAUACCAGUCGGAGUCAUUCAAACAUACACUACGGAAUGAAGCGGAAAAGAUCAAGAAGCACGGUGGAGCCGGUGGACGUGGUCCGUCUCCGAAGAGAAUGAAAAUGAGCAAGCAAUCACAUGCACCUACACCACCAAAAGAGUUAAAGAGCAUCAAGUUUGGUACCAACAUCGAUUUGUCGGAUGAUACGAAGUGGGGGAAACAAAUUAAUGAACUCUCCAAACUCCCCGCAUUCUGUCGCCUUAUUGCUGGUUCCAAUAUGCUUUCUCACCUUGGUCACCAGAUUCUUGGAAUGAACACUGUGCAGCUGUUCAUGAAGGUUCCAGGUUGCCGUACUCUAGCCCAUCAAGAUGGAAACCACAUGGCAACUGUAAAUAUCAACAUUGGGCCCGGCGAUUGUGAAUGGUUUGCUGUUCCCUACGAUUAUUGGGGAAAAAUGGAAAGAUUGUGUGAGAAAAACGGGAUCGACUACUUGAAAGGAUCGUUCUGGCCGAUAUUGGACAACCUACUUGAGGAAGGCAUUCCAGUGCAUCGAUUCACACAAAAAGCCGGUGACAUGGUCUAUGUGAACGGUGGAUCGAUUCAUUGGGUGCAAGCAACUGGCUGGUGCAACAACAUCUCCUGGAACGUGGCACCAAUGAAUAACAAUCAGUUGACGAUGUCCAUCUUCAGCUACGAAUACAACAAGUUGCGCCUUUUCAAGUCGCAAGUUCCAAUGCAGCUGUUGUGUUGGCAGUUAGCUAAAAACGUGAAAUUCACCAACCAACUCAUCUACAACAACUGCAAAGGAGUGCUCAUCAGGUCAUUGGCGUUCUGCAAAAUGGUCCACGACUUCUGUGUUGGACAUAAAAAAGUCAUCAAGACGCACGCGAGAAGUCCCGGAGAGCAGUCCCAUUUCUGUAUGACUUGUGAGGUCGAAGUGUUCAGCAUUCUGUUCAUCAAGGAUAUUAGUGGAAAGUUCCAUGUGUUCUGCGUCUAUUGUGCCAAAUCACAAGGACUGGACGACUUCAUUGCACUCCAACAAUUUCCAUUCAAUGACCUUGUGAGCAUUUACGAGGGUAUGAAGUUUAUCCCGGCUGUCAUCAACAACAACAACAAGCAAAACUUCACAGCUUGA